AUGGUGUCGUGCAAUGUCGCAGUUAGAGAUACUGAAAAACGAGAGAUUAUACUUCGCGAUCAGAAUAGUAAAUUACACUCGCAACUGGAAGAGAAGGAUCUUCUCGUCAAUCAACUAAAGAAGACAAUAUAUGCAAUGGCACAAGAUUUACAAGAAGCUCAAAUGCUUGGUGAACGCGUGAUGCUUGACUACGUCCGAAAGUUGCGGGAUGAAAAGAUGGUUGUCCAACGACAGUUGGAAGAUGUCAUGGAUACAUUAAAGACCAAUCUCAACAAUUGGAGAAAUAAAAUCAACAACGUUCUCUCUCGUGUUUGUGAUGGCAUAACGAGCAACGUCGCUGGACGUCCUCCAGAGAGUACACACAGUUCAACAAGUGUGUCAAAUCUGCAUGAUUCCGAAAUUUCGAUGGCACAUUAA